UCAGCAGGAAGACUGUUACGCCACUUCAGUAUGCACUAAAGAGAGAACGGUACAUUAAGAAGGACAUAGCAUGCACUAAACCUCCUGAUCUGAAUCGCCAGGGAGGACUCUUUACUGCUAUGGCAACUAGGGCAAAUUAUGCAAACUCAGGACCAUAUUUUGUGAAUUAUGGAUUUAACUUGGAACAAGAGCAACCUACUCCAUACAGUCAAUAUGAUAACAGACAUGUUUACCACAUUCCUCAACAAGCACCCUCAGCAGUGCCUCAGUAUACACAAAGACUGCCCCCACAUUUUAUAUCCUCCAGGCAGACAUCACCUUCUCUUGAUAGUAUAUCCUCCACAGUUGACAGAAGAAAAGUACGCAUGUUAUUAGGUGCUUUUGCUGCUACUGUUAUUUUGGCAGUGACUGGGAUUAUAGUUUGGUAUUUAGUUACUGUUGCAUGUCUCUUUGGUGUUACCUGUGGAACAUCAGGAAAAUGCAUUAGUUCUUCUCAGUGGUGUGAUGGAAUUAGACAGUGUCCUGAUGGUGAAGAUGAAGAGAUGUGUUUUCGUUUAUCUGGAGACAAUUUUCUUCUACAAGCAUAUUCAUCUAAAAGCAGAUCAUGGAAACCAGUUUGUGCUGAUAAAUGGAAUGAUAAAUAUGGCAAGGCUACCUGCUCACAAAUGGGCUACAGCAGUGACACAUAUUUUCAGUUUGGACUUGUUACCCAAGCAUCUGUAGAUUCCAGUGAAUUUUUGACAGUGGAUACGAGUUCGGGAGAAACAUCAGUACAACUUACAAACAGUGGUUCAUGUUCAACUGGAUCAGUAGUGACUCUUCAGUGUAUAGACUGUGGGAUGACAUUUUUAGUUUCCACACGCAUUGUUGGUGGGACGUCAGCUCGUUUAGGACAGUGGCCUUGGCAGGUUAGCCUAUGGAGUGAAGGGGAACAUUGGUGUGGAGGAUCUAUCAUUACACCAUAUUGGAUUGUUACUGCAGCACAUUGUGUGGAACGCAAGAAUUCUCCUACUCAGUGGAAAGUUUAUGCUGGAAAACUAACCCUUUCAGAAAUGAAAACAACCAUUGGAUCCUCUGUAUCUCUGAUUGCAAUAAACAAGUAUUAUGAUUCCAAUGCAAAAAGUAAUGAUGUUGCCUUGAUGAAACUAACAUUGCCCUUAAAAUUCUCAAAUUCUGUGGCUCCUGUCUGUUUGCCUAACUUUGGACUGCCAGUAUCACAACAAGCAGAAUGCUUUAUAUCUGGAUGGGGGGCAUUAAAAUAUGCAGGAAGCACCAGUGAUAUGCUAAAUUAUGCCCGGAUAUAUUUAAUAAACUCGAGUGUCUGCAACAAUCGUAAUGUUUAUGGUGGACUGAUAACAAAAACCAUGUUCUGCGCUGGAUAUCUUGAAGGUGGAGUAGAUUCAUGCCAGGGUGAUAGUGGUGGUCCUUUAGUAACAAAGUUAAAGAACAUAUGGUGGCUUAUAGGAGAUACAAGCUGGGGUUAUGGAUGUGCUCAAGCAAAUAAGCCUGGUGUAUAUGGCAAUAUUACAGAAUUCCUCCCAUGGAUCUUUUCUAUCAUGCAAACCUAUAAAUAAGAAAAACAACAACGUGAAUGUCCUUGAUUUCAGUUGUACUGCAGUUCUUUUCAGUAUACUUCCAAGAGAGGUUUGGUUAUAUUUGUGCUAGAACUGAAACACAUUUUUCCAAAGUGCAUAUGAUUUUCCAUUACUGAAGCUUUUUAAGAGAUUGUUAUAUAGCCAUAAACUUUCAGGUGUAACUGUGGAGCACUUUAUAUUGGCGGCUGCCUAAUAAGAUAUUUUCUUAAGCCCCAAGAUCAAAAGAGACAGCUCACUAUUGUUACUUUAAACUGGAGUUACAAUUACCAGCUGAUGAAUGCCAAUAAUUUUAAAAUACUGUAACAAUAAGAAAAUCCAAACUGCUUUGAAGAUAAGUAAUUUAGUAGCUAAGUUUUUGGGAUAAUAUCUGCUGUUAAGAAUACAUGAAAUGUUUGAUUUAUACAAGAGUGAAGCAAACACAUUUUAUAAGAUUAUAUUUAUGAAGUUUUUUUUUUAUUUAUGAAGGCCUGUAAUAAUUUAUAAAAGCACCAUAUAUUUUAUAAUACAUUUAUUUAAUUUUUGUACAGCUACAGAUUUAGAAUCAGAACAAAGUAAAAUACAAUGCACUAUUUUUUAUACAAUUUCAAAGCUAUGUGAUGAAAUGUAUUGCCAUGUAAAGAUGUAACAAGCCCCACAUUUUAAACUACACUUUAUUUCUACACUCCACACGCAACACAUUUAGAUAGUGGCGCUGAGUGUGUUAUCCAUCCAUUCAUCCAUUAUCCAACCCACUAUAUCCUAACUACAGGGUCACAGGGGUCUGCUGUAGCCAAU